CAAAGCAUUUUGCAAAGUAGAGAGAAAUGGAAUCUCCGUUCAAUGGCGAUAUAGUGAAAGGCAAGGUAGCUCUGUUGACCGGUGGCGGCUCGGGCAUCGGGCUCGACAUGGCCAUCCAAUUCGGCAAACAUGGAGCCUCCGUUGCUAUCAUGGGCCGCCGCAAAGACGUUCUCGAUGCCGCCGUUGCCUCCCUCACAUCCCUCGGCAUCCCCGCAGUAGGGUAUGCAGGGGACGUGAGGAAGCAAGAAGAUGCGCGAAGAGUGGUGGAAGAGACGGUGACGCAUUUUGGGAAGCUCGACAUUCUCGUCAAUGCUGCUGCUGGCAAUUUUCUGGUCGUUGCUGAGGAUCUCUCGCCCAAUGGUUUUAAGACAGUGAUGGAUAUUGACACUCUUGGCACAUUUACUAUGUGUCAUGAAGCUUUUCCCUACCUCAAGACUGGUGGUGGUCUCAUACUCAACAUCAGUUUUCACAACUCAGCAUCCAAUUGGUACCAAGUCCAUGCCUCUGCUGCCAAGGCAGCCGUCGACUCUGUCACAAGAAACCUAGCCCUGGAAUGGGGUGCAGAUUAUGACAUAAGAGUGAAUGGGAUAUCUCCAGGCCCCAUUGCAGACACAGUUGGCUUGUCCAAACUUGAGCCUCAAGAUGUAGAUGUCGAAGCCACGACGCCUCUCUAUAAACUCGGCUCAAAGUGGGAUGUCUCCAUGGCUGCUCUCUAUCUUGCCUCUGAUGCUGGCAAGUACAUCAAUGGAGUGAUCAUUCAAGUGGAUGGAGGGCUUUUCCUAAGCAAGCCAAGGCAUCUUCCCAAAGAAUCUGUGAAGCAGCUAUCUUUAGCUCGGGAGAAAAAAUUAGUGGCAACCAGCAAACUGUAGAGCAUAAGCUCAAUCUUCUUUUAUGAUAAUGUUGAAUCUCCAAACUGCAGAAAAUUGGUCUUGUGAUGUCUGGUUUUAUAUUACUCCACAAGA